GCCUGGCACCACAGAAACAGGUGGACAUGGGCGCCCAAUUGGCAAAGGAGAAUUAAGCAUGGUUAAUCCCCCACGGCGGGGAGCUCGUUCAAGUUGCUGUGCAGCUCAUCGAUGACCUGCACGGAACAAGCAAGGCUUCCAAUAUAUUGAUCGUCCCAGAGUCGUUUGCGAAGGUCGUCGGCAGCCCCGUGCCUGAUCAGGCCUGAUCAUACUUAUCUGGGAACCCUAAGUUCAAGAAUGGAGUCCCUUCCUUUGUCCGUGCGGCGGCUUUCGAGCGAGGAAGCUGGUACCCCCCCGUCCAGCGGCAGCAAUUCCCCGGCGGGCCCUGGCCCAGCCAUGUACAGCGCCUCCAGCUCACCCCUCCAUUCUCCAAUUCCCCCCUCCCGCAAUCUCCCCCCUCACCCCCCAUCCCGCUUCAGCCAGAGCCCCCUCCACUCCCCCCGCCCGCCUCUCUCGCCCCGCCCGCGCGGCCCCGGUCCCAGCCAUGCAUUGCCCUACGUCCCCAGCACCCCCCCUCCCAGCAUCACCCCCUUCUCUUACGCCGCGUCCCUGGGCCCUGGCAAGUCCCCGCUCGCCCUGCAGCCCCCCUCUGGCCCCAGCACCCCAGUGUCGUACUUGCCCUCCCCUGCCACCCCCUCCUUCAGCAAUUACAGCAACCAGAGCGGGGUGUCAUCGCCCACCUCGCGCGACCACCCCGCCAGCUCGUCCACGUCCAUCUCCAUCCAGGACCUGCAGGACAUGGCGCGGCGGCGCAGCCUGUCCGGCACACCCAGCCACACGGGGCGCGCCAGCCUGGACAGCCAGCACACACCCGGACGCGCCAAGCGGCACUCCGCCCCCGGGAAGCUGGCAAUUUUGCAGAACAGGGUGCGCUUCCAGAGCCGGGACGCCAAGAAGCUGUUUGCCUUCAUCACUAUCAACGCCGUCUUCUCCACUGCGGAGAUGCUCUACGGCCUGCUCACCAGCCGCAUCACCCUUGUUUCGGAUGCCUUCCACUUGUGGUUUGGCUGCGGGGUGCUGACCCUGUCUUUAGUGGCCAUGGCAAAAUCGCGGCAGCCACACGAUGCAAAGUACACUUAUGGGUAUGAGCGCUUGGAGGUGCUUGCGGGCUUCACGAAUGCGCUCUUCCUCCUCUUCUUGUCCUUCUCCCUCUCAGUAGAAGCUCUCACAGCCUUCAUUGAGGACGAAAGCGAGCACAGGCACUAUUUGACAUUGUCGGCUGCCACCAAUCUGGUCGUCAACGUUCUGGGGGUCAUCUUCUUCCGGCACUUUGCCCGGGUGCGAGUUGUAUAUAGGCGCUCUCAAGACAUGAACCACCACUCCAUCUUUCUCCAUGUUUUGGCCGACUCCAUCAGGAGUGGAGGCAUCAUCCUCGCCUCUUGGUUGCUGGCAAUCGGGUUGCCUUACGCUGAGACGUUCGUGGCGGCGGCUGUGGCCGCCCUCGUGUUGUACAUCACCCUGCCGCUGUUCUAUGCGGCGGGGGCCGUCCUGCUGCAGACGACGCCCCCCAGCAUCACGGCAGGGGCGCUCGACAAGACUCUGCGGGAGGCGCGCUGGUGUGACGGCGUGCUGGACAUCGUGGACCACAAGUUCUGGGCUCUGGUGCCGGGAGCGACGGUUGGCACGCUGCAUGUCAGGGUACGAGCAAAUGCAGAUGAGCAGCGGAUCCUAAAGCAUAUACACAGUUGUUUCAACAACAUGGGCGUGGCAGAUCUAACAGUGCAGAUAGAAAAGGAGGUACUUUCUUGAUAUUGGCGUCUCUUUGCGGAAGGGAUACUACAGGUGAACUUGGCAAAGUAUCUGUCAAGCCACAAUGGCCGCAACCGAAGUCCGACAGUCUGCAUUUGAGAUGUGUCCUUUCUACCGUCACUCGCUGUUCAGAUUGCUAAAAGUGACCAAGUGUUUGAUCAGCAAGCAUUGGGCACAUCUUUUGGCAGGGCGGGCGAUCAGGACACCGAACUUACAGUACAUCCCGAAAGCCAAGACGGCAGGUUCGGUAAUACGAAGUUUGGUCAGCCUUACGCUCUAGAUUGCAAGACUCUGGAAUCUAUAUUUGCGUUCUGCAGAGCCCGGGCAAAGGGUUUUGCAAGUCGUCCAAAACGAUGAAGUGUCCAUGGAAGGGCCGGGCCUCUACCAGGUAUCGCAGGUCGAGAGACGUAGCCACCCCUAGCUCUUUCAGUUUGGCAGCCGCUCAAAUCCAUGCCCCG